AAAUCAUUGAAGGGUCCACACGCUUUCACAAGAGUCUCUCUCUACUUCAUUUUUUAUGAACUAAUGAACCAGAAAGAAAUAACACAUACAUACAUCAUAAUACAUAAUUAUGGCUUUUUCUUCCUCUCAUGGCGCAUCUCAGAAAAAAUAUGAUGUUUUCAUCAGCUUUCGAGGCGAAGAUACUCGAACUUGUUUCACAAGCCAUCUUCACGCUGCUCUUUGCCGAACCCAUUUACAUACCUACAUAGACUACAAGAUCGAGAAAGGAGAUGAUGUUUGGUCAGAACUUGUUAAAGCAAUCAAACAAUCCACUCUUUUUCUUGUUGUGUUCUCGGAGAACUACGCGUCUUCAACAUGGUGUUUGAACGAACUGGUUGAAAUAAUGGAGUGUAGUAACAAAAAUGAAGAUGACAACGUUGUUGUUGUUCCUGUGUUCUACCAUGUUGACCCUUCACACGUGCGGAAGCAGACUGGGAGUUACGGCACUGCGUUGGAAAAACAUAUGGAGCAAGACAACAAUGGUGAUAAGAUGAUGCAAAAUUGGAAGAAUGCUCUUUUUCAAGCUGCUAAUUUGUCUGGUUUUCAUUCUGCAACAUACAGGACUGAAUCUGACUUAAUUGAAGACAUUACCAGAGUUGUAUUAGGAAAAUUAAAUCAGCAAUGCACAAAUGAUCUUACAUGUAAUUUUAUACUUGAUGAAAACUAUUGGAGCAUUCAAUCAUUAAUAAAAUUUGAUUCAGCACAAGUUCAAAUCAUUGGAAUUUGGGGUAUGGGAGGCACAGGUAAGACAACCCUUGCUUCUAUUCUGUUUCAAAGGUUCUCUUUCAAAUAUGAAGGCAGCUGCUUGUUUGAAAAGGUGACAGAAGUAUCGAAAAGGCAUGGAAUCAAUUACGCGUGCAACAAACUUCUUUCCAAGUUACUAAGGGAAGAUCUUGAUAUUGACAGUCCCAAACUAAUACCAUCUAUGAUCAGAAGAAGACUCAAAAGCAUGAAAUCUUUCAUUGUACUAGAUGAUGUACAUAAUUCAGAACUUCUUCAAAACUUGAUUGGAGUGGGACAUGGUUGGCUAGGAUCUGGUAGCACAGUCAUCGUGACUACGAGGGAUAAGCAUGUGCUGAUAAGUGGAGGAAUCGACAAAAUUUAUGAAGUUAAGAAGAUGAACUCCCGCAAUUCCGUUAAGCUUUUUAGCAUGAAUGCUUUUGACAAAGUCUCGCCUAAGGAUGGAUAUGUGGAGCUCUCAAAAAGAGCAGUUGAUUAUGCCAACGGAAACCCGUUAGCUUUGAAAGUAUUGGGAUCUUUACUUCGUUGUAAAAGUGAAAUUGAAUGGGACUGUGCAUUAGCUAAACUGAAAAAAAUUCCAAACAACGAAAUUGAUUCUAUAUUCAGAUUGAGUUAUGAUGAAUUGGAUGAUAAAGAGAAAGAUAUAUUUUUGGACAUUGCAUGCUUUUUCAAAGGACAUGAAAGAAAUAGCAUAACAAAAAUAUUAAAUGAGUGUGGUUUCUUUGCUGAUAUUGGGAUAAGUCAUCUUUUAGACAAGGCUCUUGUGAGGGUUGACUCUAAAAAUUGCAUACAAAUGCACGACUUGAUACAAGAAAUGGGAAAACAAAUUGUUCGUGAAGAAUCACAUAAGAAUCCCGGACAACGCAGUAGAUUAUGUGAUCCUAAGGAAGUUUACGAUGUAUUGAAAAAUAAUAGAGGAUCUAAGAAUGUUGAAGCCAUAUUUUUUGAUGCUACUCAAUGCACACAUGUAAAUUUAAGACCAGACACAUUUGAAAAGAUGAAAAAUCUAAGAUUGCUUGCUUUUCAAGACCAAAAGGGAGUUAAAUCUGUAAGUCUUCCGCACGGUCUUGGUUUAUUGCCAGAAAAUCUGAGAUAUUUUCUAUGGGAUGGCUAUCCAUUGAAAACUCUGCCUCCAACCUUUUGUCUUGAAAUGCUUGUGGAGCUUUCCUUGACUGGAAGCCUUGUGGAAAAACUUUGGAAUGGAGUCCUGAAUGUGCCCAAUUUAGAGAAAAUUGACCUGAGUGGUUCCACAAAACUGAUAGAGUGUCCAAAUGUGUCUGGUUCUCCGAAUCUAAAAUAUGUACUACUUGAUGAAUGUGAAAGCAUGCCUGAAGUUGAUUCAUCAAUUUUCCAUCUCCAAAAGCUUGAAGUUUUAAACGUGUCUGGGUGUACGUCGCUUAAGAGCAUUUCCAGUAACACUUGUUCACCAGCCCUCCGUCAAUUGAGUGCGAUUAAUUGCUUCAAUCUCAAAGAUCUCUCAGUCCCAUUUGAUUACCUUGAUGGUUUAGGUUUGAGUUUAACAGGAUGGGAUGGGAAUGAACUUCCAUCAUCAUUAUUGCAUGCAAAAAAUCUUGGAAACUUUUUCUUUCCAAUCAGUGAUUGUCUUGUGAAUCUUACUGAAAACUUUGUAGAUCGUAUUUGUCUUGUGAAACAACGGAAUUGUCAACAAGACCCUUUCAUCACCUUGGAUAAAAUGUUUACUAGUCCUGGCUUCCAGAGUGUAAAAAACUUGGUCUUUGUUGAUAUUCCUAUGUUGUCUGAAAUCCCAGACAGCAUCUCCUUACUGUCGUCAUUAGAGAGUUUAAUACUAUUUGAUAUGGCCAUUAAAAGCUUACCUGAAACCGUUAAGUAUCUUCCCCAACUCAAAUUCGUUGAUAUUCAUGAUUGUAAAUUGCUUCAAUCUAUUCCGGCACUUUCACAGUUCAUUCAAAUUUUGGUUGUCUGGAAUUGUGAAUCUCUUGAGGAAGUGUUGAGUUCAACGCGUGAACCAUAUGAUGAACCUAACGUUUGUUUUAUCUCGCUCCUUAACUGCAAAAACAUGGAUUCACAUUCAUACCAAACAGUUUUGAAAGAUGCUAUGGAUGGGAUUGAACUUGUAAAUAUGCGGAUAAUUAUUAAGUUUUUCCAUGUGGAUAAUGAAGAUGUCAAAAGACACCUAUUAUCUGACCGGGCUUCUUAAGUUUUAUCCAUGUGGAUAAUGAGGAUCUCAAAAGGCACCCAUUAUCUGACAGGACUUAUUACCAUAUUUGAUCAUUGCAUUGAGAUUACCGUUUGCAGUUAAUUCUUAGCAGUCAAAAGAUUAUGUUUUAAUGGUGCUUUGGUAUCUUGUUUUUGGGUCUUUUAAUUUACAACUUGUGAUGAUAAAUAUGUGGUAAUUCUUAAAUUUUUCAUGUGGGUAAUGAGGAUAUCAUAAGGCACCCAUUAUCUGACAAGAUAUAUUAAGUUUUUCAAUGUGGGUAAUGAGGAUGUCAAAAGUCAUCCAUUAUCUGACAGGACUUAUUACCAAUAUUUGAUCAUUGCACUGA